AUGUGCCUGGUUUACUUCACCACAGAUUUCAGCCUUAAGUAUCCUGAGGAAUGGGGACAUCUGGACCCUACUCAGAGGGAUCGCUAUGGUGAUGUGAUGCUGGAGAAUUAUGGGAACCUGGUUUCACUGGGAUUACCAGUCUCUAAACCUGAUGUCAUCUCCCAGCUCGAGCUGGGAGGAGGGUCAUGGUUACAGCUCAAACUUGUUAUACAUCAGAGACAUCCUACAAAAGAAAGAGUCCAUAAAGGUUUUAUAUACCAUCAGAGAAUACAUGCUGGUGAGAAACCCUAUAAAUGUAAUGAAUGUGGGAAAGCCUUCAAUAGGAACUCACUUCUUACUGAACACUGCAGGAUUCAUACUGGUGAGAAACCUUUUAAAUGUAAUAAAUGUGGGAACGCCUUCAGUUACGUCAAAGGUUAUAGUCACCAUCAGAUAAUUCAUAGUGGAGAGAAACCUUUUGAGUGUAGUGAAUGUGGAAAAGCCUUUAGUCGCCAUUCACUCCUUAUUCAACAUCUGAGAGUCCAUACUAGAGAGAAACCAUUUGAAUGUAAGGAAUGUAGUAAAGCCUUCAGUAGAAGGUCAGUCCUUCAUGAACAUCAAAGAAUUCAUACUGGGGAGAAGCCAUAUGAAUGUAAUGAAUGUGGGCAAGCCUUUGGUUGGAGCUCUACCCUUAUCCAACACCAGAGAAUUCACACUGGAGAGAAACCUUACGCAUGUAAUGAAUGUGGGAAAGCUUUCAAUACCAGAUCAGGCCUUAGUGAACAUCAGAGAAUUCAUACUAUAGAGAAGUCAAGUGAAUGUGAUGAGUGUGGGAAAACCUUUGAUAGGAGAUCAAAACUUACUCAACACCAGAGAAUUCAUGCUGGAGACGAAUCAUGUGAAUGUAACAUUUGUGGGAGAGCCUUUGCUUGGCAUUCACUUCUCAUUCAACACCAGUAUAAUUGCACUCAAGUUAAUUUGGAAAUGUGAUGGAAAUGUAAAGGAGAACUUUAUUGACUGGAGUUCAUAAUAGGUUAAAAUCCCAUAAUAGAAUGUAAACUUUU